AUGAGCGUAAUUAACUGGACGGCCUCGAUAACAGUUACUAUGACACCAAAUUGUUCCCCGCAUUUUGAAGCUACUUAUGUGUUUGCAUUAUCGAAGGUGACCAUCCAUUCUUUUUAAUCAUCCAAGGUUUAACGUGAGGUUUAUGAUUCCCACCCCCUUUUUAAGAGAGAUAAAAAAACCCACAAAACAUCUUGGACGAAAAGAAAGAGAUGAAGGAGAGGGCAGGGCACGUGAAUACAUCCACCCACUCCACGCUUCGAUCCAAACUCUUCGUAAUUCGCUAUAUGGUCGCCCCUCUCCAUUUGUUUGCGACUGUCUGGAUACACCGAUUUUGGCUUGCGGAUCGGAUACUCGACUAGCAAGACGUGAUAUUCUUGCUGUGAGCGGGCUGUGAGUAAAAUCACGAUCACCUCUUAUAAUAGUGAUCAACGGCACCUUUUCUUAAUAUCACCGAUAAAAAUUCAUAUUUCAAUUUAUUUUACUCCAACGUCGUUUAUAAAUCUGAUUUAGUUUUGAUUCGACUAUAUUUCCUAAUCUGUCAAUAGCUUACUUGGAAAAAGGAAGUCUGGAUUGUUCCAUCAUCUGGCAAGCUCAAGAAAAUACAUUCUUCUCUUUACCGAAAUAAACCCCAACCCAUCAUGAAUAAUACAAGCGAUGUCGGGCCCCAGCAGUUGUACGGACUGUAUUCGCCAGCUCAGAGGUACGCCACUGCUGUCCUCUAUUCCAUCUGCACUAUCUUGAUCGUAGUGUGCAACGGAUUCACGCUUUACAUCCUGCAGACAUGCCACGACGCCUUCCAGGAAACAACCAGACUGUUCUUCAAAGCACUGGCCAUCGUCGACAUGUGUGGCGGUCUGUUUGGUGCUUGCCUGGACUUUAACUUUCUCUUUUCAGUCACCAAAAUCUCAAUGAUCGACGGUCCCUUCUGCACCUUCCUUCCUACAAUCUACUAUACGAUUUUCAACCAGACUCUUGCCAUACUUUGUUGCGUAAAUCUGGACCGUUUGUUGACGAUUGUAUGGCCUUUACGUUAUCCGAUAUUGGUGACGACACGGCACGCGAAAAUCGCGCUCUUUUUUGCGUUGGUUAUUCCUUUGUUGUUCACGGUGAUGGUUUGGCCUGUGCCAGGAUUUCCAAGCACCGAAACGUUAAGGAUCGUCUGCGGAUUGAACGGGAGUGUUGGCCAGUGGAAUGACUGGGUAAACGCAGAUAUUGAAAGGAAUAUCUGGAAAUUUUCCUCGUUUGGCUUAAUACUCGUUCCUGCAGCCAUUACAAUCAUAAUCACAACUAUCUCUAACCUCUCACUCAUCUUCAUUUCCUGGCGACACAUCCGUAAGACAAGCUUCAGGAUUUCGAAUGAACAGCAAGUUAACAGACAACGCAUCAGUCAGGAUAUCACCAAGGGAGUGCGCACAGUUCUUGUCAUCACCUUUUCGUGUUAUGCAGCAUUAGGAAUAUGGUGCUUUACAAUUAUGUACGUAUAUCCGAGAUUGGGACAACCUGGAUUCACUGUCACAUUUAUCAUAAGUGUUGUGGUGGAACUUAGCACCAGAUGGUGGAAUUGCCUUGUCUAUCUUUCCACGAGUCAAACUUUCCGAGAACAUUCUAAGAAAGCAAUCAAGCGAUUGUGCUGUAGAGCGAAUGCUUUCCGUUGUUAGUUAAGUUCAAAUGUGAUGGAGAUUUGUUAGAAUCAAAGUAGACCCUUUCUAAAAGUGGCACCGGAAAGUCCAGUGAGAACAUUGGAAGGGUAACUGAUAUACAUAGUUUCUAAAGAAGGCUCACCCACUGGUACCUUCCUUUCGUUAAAAUGUCCUUGGGCCACUACACUCUGUCUACAGGAGAAUUCGUCUUUAUUGUUAAGAUCAAGUAAGAAGUAAGAAACGAUAACUGUUGAAUCUUGGGGAAUGGGAGGUGUUUGAUCACGCUGACCAACUAUUCAAGACGCAGAUAAUCUAUAGGCCUAGGUCCUUAUAUACGAAGACCUUGUGAAGCUUGCAGAGAAGCCUCCAACAACAACUCCGAUGGUCUCUGGUCUUGCCUGAACGCCAUGUUUGAAAAGACUACUCCCUCUUCAACUGGGUAUAAAAGCAAAGUAUGCGCAUCAAGCACCAGAAAUCAUCAAGCAUCGGAGUUGCCCUGAAGGGAGCGUAUUUUGCUGUCUGACAAAAUAUACGUUUUCCUUGGUUUUCAUUGGCUGAAACAUUGCAGAAGAGCAUUGUGACUAUGGUAUCGAUCAGAUAAAACAGACUUCGUGGGAUAAAACAUCCGACAAGUCCUUUCAUGAAACGCCCCCUUUGUAAAGCAUCUGGUCCAGAUAACUUCAAACUCAUAUGUUACUAAAGAAUAUGUUGAUGAGGUAUGUCCUUAUUGGGAGAGCUUAAUGAAAGGGACGUUAUUAGAAUGUUACCAUACAAUGAUAAAUGGUGAUU